UUUUGCCUGCCACAUCACUUAUACCUUUACCUCCACAGAGUCGUGACACGCCACCAAAAUGGUCGCUCAGGUCCAGAAGCCCGCACCUACUUUCAAGGCUCAGGCCGUUGUUGACGGUGUCUUCCAGGACGUCUCCCUUUCUGACUACCUUGGCCAAUGGGUUGUUCUGUUCUUCUACCCUAUGGACUUUACCUUUGUGUGCCCCACAGAGAUUCUCGCCUUCAAUGACUCUCUCGACGCUUUCAAGGAGCUGAACACCGUUGUUCUCGGUGUUUCUACCGACUCGACCUACUCCCACUUCGCCUGGGCCUCUCAGCCUCGCAACCAGGGCGGCCUCGGCCCUAGCCUCAAGCUCCCCCUGAUCGCUGAUCGCAAUAUGAAGAUUUCCCGCGACUAUGGUGUCCUCCUCGAAGAUGAGGGUAUCGCUCUCCGUGGCCUCUUCAUCGUCGACCCCCAGGGUGUCCUCCGCCAGAUUACCGUCAACGACCUUCCCGUCGGCCGCUCCGUCGAUGAGACCGUCCGCCUCAUCCAGGCAUUCCAGUUCGUCGAGAAGCACGGUGAAGUCUGUCCCGCCAACUGGAAGGAAGGUGGCAAAACCAUGAAAGCCGACCCGAAGGGCUCCCUUGAGUACUUCUCUACAGUUAAUCCAAACGCUCAGUAAAUCGUCCCCUCGCUUUCGUCUAACCUCCAAGGUGUCUACGAUUUGUUCACGAUGCGCGCAUGGUUUUCGUUUCGAGUAGACGUGUUUCCGGUAGAGUGACGAUAGAGCAUAGAGCGAAGGCCGGUUAGACUAGAAGGCUUGAAGCACUGAAACCCCACUUGAUACCUGCUACAUCCAUACCUCAAAAUACACACACCGCUCUGUCUAUUGCUCUUACAUUUAUAUAGCAUAUAUUCCACGUACAUUGUCCGGGAGAUCUUUGUGGCGAAACGCGCAUGAAUGCUGUAAGCCCUUUCGAACGAUUUGGCUGCCUUCCGUCGGCACUGUCGUUGGGCGUGCACUUCUAUUCCUGUGGAGAAGGCACACCGGGGAUUUUCAUCGGUGGAUUGCUGUAGCUAGCCGGAUUAUGGCCUGUCAUCAUUGGCUCGCAAUCUCGAAGACGAAAUGUGCUUUCAGCUCCGUUGCUGUUCGUCUACGCAAUUUCGUGCUCAGCAAGCAGCAUGUUCGGGAUUCCGUUCGAGACAGGAUAGACGUGCCCGCAGUUUGGGCAGACCAUGGCACCUUCGUCAACAUGAAUCUCGAGCAGUACAUGAUGUAAGUUCUUCAAAAACUCGUCGUCCACCAUCUCAGGCAUCCCUUCAGGCAAGGAUGCAUCACCCAACUCACGUGCAGCGCUUACUAACGCUUUCCAUUCGAUACGUGGCAGGAAGCCCCGCACAAAGUCUGGGUUGAACUCAGCCUCGCGCACCUCGAUCGUGACGUCCUGCAGCUUGAGCGGGAAAUUAUUCGUUGUGCAGCCCUUCGCGUGGCACGCGAGCAGAUUGUGUGUGAUGAGGCGGACCAUAUUCUGUGACCGCUUGACGGAAAGCGAGAGACUCAAGAGGGUAGGGAAACUAGGAUGCGGCACUUGCG